CAGUCCAUACCGAUGUGAUGCUGCUGCUCUAAAUGCCAGUCUCUGCCAGUGUCACCGCAAGUCAACGAUCCAGAAAUUACUGGAGUGUUGCACCGCGCAAAACAUUUCAGUAGCGUAGCUGAUGGAAACGGGGUCCGCUAGACAUGUGCGCGAACGUUUUCGGCGCGUUGAAAAGCCUGUUUAGGAAACCCUUUGAUGGUGGGAAGAGGACGAUGGAUCAUGGCAGUCAGCAACCACACACUCAGCAGAUGCCAGGACCCUUCACAGGUUUUGCGGGACCCCAGGGCCCGUACCCUGGGCAGCACCCAGCCCUGUUACGGCUGGAUGAGGUGCAAAGGGAGAUUGUCGCCCUGGGCCCACAGGUGUGCUCUUACAGCGGCCUGCAGAGUGACAGAGAGUACAAACGACUGGAGCGAGAGCUGACCCGAUUACUGCUGGAGGUCGAUAAGGUGGAGACGGAGGGCCGGCCGGAGCUUCAGCAGGCUCGGAAGCGUGCGGCAGGAGAGGUCGAGGGUCUGCUUCGCUACCUGGAGGGCAACGCUACGCAUCCGUCUCGGCUGGCCAUUGAGGAGCUGACCCAGGAGGUGCAGAACUUGCUGAAUGAAGGGGUCGUGGGGCCGUUCCGGCAGGGCCAGGCUCAAGAUGCCUUUGAGAUCAGUGAGGAGCUGGUGGAGGCUGUGCAGGACGUGGCCAUGCGGCUGGCUCAGGUUAAGACGGGAGGGAGCGUACCGCUCAGAAAGGCCCGUUACAAAGCGUUGACGAGGGUCUGUGCUGUACAGGAAUUACUGGAGGGUCGUGUACGCACUCAUACAUUGGCGCUGCCAUUGUCCGAUGACACGCACGAGGCCGUGCAGCGUAUUAAUCAAGUCAUGGCGCAGGUGAGUGGUGCCCGGUGUCAGGAAGUGGCUCUGCUGAUGGGUCUGAGUGGGCGUGAUAGCUGUGCCCACCUGGCGAGGGUCCUUACCGAGUUGUUGGUUGAGCUGGACGCCCUGGAUGUGUCUAGUAAUGCUGCAGUGAGGAACUACAGGAAACAAGUGGUGGAGGAGAUCAAUGGUCUGCUAAAACAUCUUGACCUGGAGGUAGAAGGAGAGGACACACGCAGGUAUGUUUUAGCGCAGAAUGACUCGAUUCGUGAAAUUGAGGCGAUCAGGGGCCGUGUCUCAGUGCUGCGGGAGGAGGUGCUUCGGCACGGUGCUGCAGGACAUGGGACGGAGCUUCAAGGUCUCCUCACGCACCUGGAUCAGGUGGACACGGGGCGUAACCCCUGCAUUCGGGAGGCGCGGCGCAGGGCCGUGUUGGAAGUUCAGGCACUCAUCACCUUCCUGGACCUCUGGGAAGCCCUAGGACGGCGUAACCCCGGACCAGACGAGCCUCUGCCUCAUGCGUCUGUGUGGCGUGUCUUAGCCAGCCUGUGCGACCUGCAGGCUCAGGUUUUGGGCUUUGACGGCAAGAGGGCUGACAAGAGCUACAUGGUAUUGGAGGAGCUACUGACCAAACAACUUCUGGCUCUUGAUGCUGUGGACCCUCAGGGUGACCAGGGGACCAAAAUUGCCCGUAAGCAAGCUGUUAAACAUGCCCAGAAUAUCCUUAAUUACCUGGAUAUGAAGACGGAUGAGUGGGAGUACUGAGAGGCCGAUAAAAGAGCCUGGGAAUAAGGAGCUGCAAGGAAAAAGGCAAAAGCUUUUUUGCCUCUUGUGCGACAUAUGAGGACACGGUCGUGCCGAGGAUACGGGCCAUGGGUGGAAUUUUUAAUUUGUGUAUAAAAUACUUUGUGUAUUGCCGUGGGCAGCGAGACUGUUACCCAUGAUGCACUGCACCUGCUGCUUUUAUUGGUCCAUUACUGGUCCCUGAAAGCUGCCUUUCUCCUGGCAGAAGGAAACGUUGUUUCUAAUGCACAUGAAGUGUUUGUUUUCAUGACAAUGACCCAUGACUUUUUUUUUAGUUGAAUCUGUGCUGUUGAUUGGUGUGGUGUGGUGCUAAACCCUGUUCUGCUGCCAAAAUCUGCUUCCUGCUUUUCCCUACAUGCCCGGGUGGAGCACACUUCAGUCUUUAUCGCAGUGUGAGUACAUCAGCUCUAUAAACAACAACUGACCCAGAGGGAACAAUAUUUUAGCAUUUCCUUGUAUCCUCUACAUAUAUGUCCCAGUUUAUGUUAAAGGGAUAGUUCACACUAAAAAAAAUACAAUACAAUAGAUGAGUGAAUUAACAUUGGUUUGUGAUAUCAGUUUAAAGCUGAAGUGUAAUUUCUAUGCCAUUUGUGUCACCAAAUGGACAUUGUUUACACUUUUUAGAGUAGUUAACAUGA